UUUUUUUCUUCAACUAGAUGGCGACACUUUAAGAGAAUUUAAAACAUGACAAAGAAUGGAAAUUAAUUAAUUUCUGUUAAUUGUUAAGUAAUUGGAUCAUUUUUCUUUAUCAUUUAUUAAUUGUUAUCUUUUUAAGUUUGUGAAUUAUUCAGGAUCAGGAUUCUAUAUAAUUUUUAUUUUUAGAAACAAUUAAGAGAUGCCUAUGACGGAGAAGGAUAUUGCUGAUCAAAUUAAAGUGUUGACAUCUCAGCUUGGACUGAUUAAAGAUCAAUGUAAAUUAUUGGAAGAUGAAUUGAAACGACUUGAAAUGGAAAGAGAGCAAAUCAAAAUGAAAGAGUUAAAGGAAGAAGAGGAAAAAGAGGUUAAAGAACAUCAAUGUCAAUGUCAAUGUCAACAAUUAGCAGUUGAUGAUUGGAGAAUAAUUCAUUUAAAAGAAAAUCCAGUUGACAAUAGGAUCAAUCGAGACUGGGAACAUUAUCGAUUUCUCAAAGCAGAGAAUAAAAAACUCGCCGCCCGAUUGGAAAUAAUUGAAGCUGGUCAGGUUGCCGACAUCACUCGAAUGGUCAAUGAAGAGAUUAAUUAUAGUUCGGAGAUUGAACGUCUCAAAAUAGCCUUACAAAUAUCCGAAUCAAAGAGAGGAAAAUACAUUGAGGAGUGUAAAAAGCAAAUCAAAGAAUUGAAAGAAGCAUUUCUAAGUCUAACUGGAUGCCGAAUCGAAUUCACUUCCAAUGGUUACAAGGUGUCGUUCCUUUACGCUGAGAAUCAAGCAUCGGAUUUAUUAUUGUUCAAAAUGGAAAACAAAGAGCUCGAACUAUUGGAGAAUGAUUUUUCGAAAAGCCUGAAAACUUUUGUCCAUCGUUAUCUUGUCCAGCACGAUAGUUACCCGGCAUUUAUUGCCGCAAUAACAUUACACUUAUUCAAGAAAUCAUUUAAUGUUGAAUAAGUUGUUUUAUAUUUUUUAUCGAGUUAAUCAAUUCUGCCUAAAGUUAAUUUUUUCAAUUUCA